AUGCGUCCGACACAAUUAUUUCGCAUCAGGAUAUUGUGUCAAGUCCUGCGAGAACUUAAUAUGAAGAGUCUCGCCCUAAAACUCUUAUUCAUUGCCGUAAUUUUUGCUUCUGCGACAUCUGGGCUACAAAGUAGAUCUUCCAUCACGAAUCCUCAGUUACAAUGUAAAUCUAGCAUCAUAAACUUUCCGGACGUUAACGGAAAAUAUACAGGAUUUACUCUAUUGGCAAACGCUAGUACCUGCAAUGAUCCAACAUAUGUUCCAUGUCCAAAUAACAAUGGAUGUUGCCCUACAGUUGCGACAUGUUUACCUGACGGCUGCAACAUUCCAUGCACUACCAAAGAUAUACCUUGUGGUAAUGGUUGCUGCCCCCCUGACAAAGUUUGCACACCUGACUUUUUUUGUGAUGUUGGCAACAGCCCUCCUCCCCCUGCUCCUGGUGGCUGCAGUGAUCCAACAUAUGUUCCAUGCCCAAAUAGCAAUGGAUGUUGCCCUACACUUGCGACAUGUACUAACAGUCAAAGCUGCAACAUUCCAUGCACUUCCCAAGAUAUACCUUGUGGUAGUGGUUGUUGCUUCCCUGGCCAAGUUUGCACACCUGACUUUUUUUGUAAUGCUGGUCCUGGCAACACCCCUCCUCCCGCCCCUCCGCCUCCAUCAAAUCCGCCUCCUCCAUCAAAUUCACCUCCUCCAUCAAAUCCUCCGCCUCCGCCAAAUCCGCCUCCUCCAUCAAAUCCUUCACCUGCAUCAAAUCCGCCUCCAGAUUCUCCUAAUGCGCCGCUCGUUACUCUACCACCGUUUUCCGAUGAUUGGACAGUACAUGGAGCCGGCGCUUUCUGGCUGGACAAUAUUCAUGACCUUCUUGGGCCAAUGCGGCUCGCACCAUAUGUAUUGGAUUAUGUGUUUGGUGUAGAAAGUGACGAGGAGAAGAUAUUGGAGGGGCUGAAGGGGAAGGAUGAUAUAUUAUUAAAAACACUGAUAUGCCAGGAAUCUGUUGGUAUAUAG